AUGUUUCGUCCUCUUUUACGUAUUAGCCCUCGACUUGCAGCACUCCGCAAUCACAUUGCUCCUUCCUUCGUGAACCAAUUCACUCCACUCAGCACCAUGUCCGUCCCAGCAACAAUGAAGGCUGUAGUGGUCGAGGAGACCGGCGGCCCUGAAGUACUGCAAUUCAGAACGGAUCACCCAGUUCCGAUCCCGCAAGCAGGUCAAUUGCUGGUAUGUAACAAUAUUUCCGGUGUCAACUACAUCGAUACAUACUUCCGGACGGGGCUGUACGCCUCGCCUAAGCCUGAGGUCUUGGGCCGCGAGGGCGCCGGUAUCGUCACCGCUGUGGGGCCUGAGACGGCUGGCUUCCAGGUGGGCGAUCGGGUUGCCUGGCUGGGCACUAGUGGUUAUGCCGAGUACACCGCUGUGGCGGCGGCCAAGACAGUGAAGAUCCCUGAGGGCAUUACCGAUGAGGAGGUGAUGGCGUCUUUCCUGAGUGGCAUGACAGUGCUUGCUUUUUCUAAGGAGACCUACCCCGUGCAAAAGGGUGAUUGGGUUUUACUUCAUGCUGCAGCUGGUGGCGCUGGCUUUCUCUUGACUCAAAUACUCAAGAUCUAUGGUGCCAAGGUCAUUGGUACUGCUGGUGGCGCCGAGAAGUGUGCGCUGGUUAAGAAUCUCGGGGCUGAUGUGGUGAUUGACUACCGCAGCGAGGAAGGCAAGGAUUGGGUUAAGAAAGUCAAGGAAGUUACUGGUGGCCGCGGUGUCGAUGUUGUCUACGAUUCUGUCGGCAAAGACACUUGGGAGGGAAGCCUGGAGGCUGUCAAGCGCAAGGGUACUAUUGUCUGGUUUGGCAAUGCUAGCGGGCCUGUACCUCCGCUGCCUCUCCCUAAACUUUCCCCCAAAUGUGUCAAGGUUGCCCGCCCGACUCUUUUCGGCUACAUUGAGACUCGGGAAGAAUUCGAGUUCUACACCAACGAGCUGUUCAGUCUGCUGAAGUCGGGCCAGCUGAAGACUAAAGUUCACAAGGUCUACCCACUAGAGGACAUUGCUCAGGUGCAUAAGGACCUUGAAGGACGGAAGACUAUGGGAAAGCCACUCCUGAAGCCCUGA